AUGGAUAACAACUAUAUCAUUCUCUACUCGACGCUGUAUACCUUUAACGUGCUGAUAUUCCGGCAUAGACCCAUCCGGCUAACUAAACCGUAUAACAACGGCAGCCGGCGAGGGAUACUAUCGGCCUUGGAGGAUAACGAGAGGCAGACGGAGAGCACACAGAGCGCGCAUACAAUGGAGAUAGUGGAGAUGCCCUUAAAAUCUAUCAGCAUCAAGAGUCCGCCAUCGCUGGAGACGCCCUUAUCGGUAGCUUCGGCCACCGGGUUAGCCCAGGCGACUCUAGUGGCCGAGGAACAACCGAGGGAUAUCUAG